AUGAUUACAAUAUUAACAUUCAUUUAUAUUAUAUUAUCAUUAUUGAAUCAAUUCAUUAUAAUAUAUGGAAUGAUACCAGUACAAUGUGGUUAUAAUUUAACUAGACGUAUACCAGUAUGUUGUCCAUUAAGUAAUAUUAAUGGUAAAGUAUGCGGUGGACCAAAAUAUGGUGAAUGUAUACAAAUAUGGACACCUAAAGAGAAAGUACCAAGUGUAUUUUUAAUAGAUGAUAGAAUUGAUUGGCCAAAACGUUAUUUUACAUAUUUUUGUCAAUGUUUUGGUAAUUAUUUUGGUGCAGCUUGUGAUGAAUGUUGGUUUGGAUGGAAAGGUCAACAUUGUAAUAAACGUUCAAUUAAAAUACGACGCGAUAUAAAAACAUUAACUGAUAGGGAAUUAUAUAUAUUUAAAAGAUUAGUUGUAUUAAGUCAAACAUGGCCAUCUGGUUAUCUUUUAAUUGAUGAAUCAGAUAACUGGAAUGUUGAUCCAUUGACAAAACCUAAAUUAGAACAUGCUUCUGUUCAAUAUUACAUUACUUAUUUACAUCGUUAUGGUAGCCGUAGUACAUUGUAUAAAAAUGUUCAGGAUUGUGAAGAUUAUGGAAUAUUAAAUUUCAAUCAUGAUGGUGUUUGUUUUCCAACUUGGCAUCGUUAUUAUAAUCUGUUAUGGGAGAGAUUGAUGACAAAAAUUGCGAUACAAGUAUUUGGUAUAUCAGAUUAUGCAACACCAUAUUGGGAUUGGAUCGGUUUAAGACAUUGUGAUAUAUGUACAAAUAGAUAUAUUGGCGCACCGGGUAGACGCAGUGAAAUGGGAUUACAUAUAUCAUCUGGAUCACCAUUUAGUAAUCUAACUGAGUACUGCUAUGAACCAAUGAAAGAUUUGCUUUGUUCUGGUUGUCAGAGAGGUGGAAAAGGAAUAAUUACACGGGAAUUUAAAAAAGGGAACCUUCCGGAUGUAGAGGAUUUGAAGUUCGUUUUAAGCUUAAAACAAUUUUAUGUUCCUGGUGAACGUCUCAGUCCUGUAUGUCUAUCAUUUAAUAUCGCAUUAGAAGGAUUUUGCGGUCGACCUGGUGCUGAUCCAAAUCAUAGAUGGUUUCAUAAUAAAAUGCAUGUAUUGAUUGAUGGAAGUAUGUGUUGUACAGCGACAGCAAGCAAUGAUCCAUUAUUCAUAUUACAUCAUACAUUUGUAGAUAAAAUAUUUGAAUGUUGGUUAAAGACAUAUAAUCCUAGUCCAGAAGAAUAUCCAGAUAAACAUGUACGUCCUGGACAUUCAAGAUAUUCAUUUAUUGUUGGUAUAAUACCACUUGCUAGAAAUAUUGAUUUUUUACACCCUUAA